AUGGUCCGCACCUCCGUUCUGCACGAUGCACUCAACAGCAUCAACAACGCCGAGAAGUCCGGCAAGCGCCAGGUCCUGAUCCGCCCCAGCUCCAAGGUCAUCGUCAAGUUCCUUGAGGUUAUGCAGCGCCACGGAUAUAUUGGCGAGUUCGAGCAGGUCGAUGAUCACCGCUCCGGGAAGAUCGUUGUCCAGCUCAACGGCCGCCUUAACAAGUGCGGUGUCAUUUCCCCCCGCUACAACGUCCGUCUUGGCGAGCUCGAGAAGUGGGUUGUCAAGCUUCUCCCUGCCCGUCAGUUCGGCUAUAUCAUCCUCACCACCUCGGCCGGAAUUAUGGACCAGGAGGAGGCCCGCCGCAAGCACGUCUCUGGCAAGAUUAUUGGGUUCUUCUACUAG